AUAUAUAUACACUUUAGGUCCAUCUAUCUACCUAUAUGUUCUUUGUCAUUUGCUCUCUUUUUCUCUUGAUUCCCCAGCACAUCUCUUUCUCUUCUUUCUCUGAAACCUCUUAAGUUUGGUCAAAGAUAUAAGAGAUUGAGGUCAAAACGAUUUUAUAAAUUUCAGUAAUAUCAAAAAAGUGAAAUUUAAAAAAAGAUAGUUGUUAUUAGAGUUUCGGAAGGCCUUAUCGAAAUCAACGAAGAAAGAAGUUAAGGAAGUUGAAAUCACAUAUACACAUACCAUCACCUGUGUUAGUUGGAAAAAGCAGAAAUGGCGGAAUCGAGUAGUGAAGCAGCCUCAUCAAGUGGAGGUAAUAUUGUAGUAGAGUCGACAACUGUGACAAUGUCGAGCCCAGGUUCAGCUACUGGUACAGGAAUGGAAGCUCCGUCUGUGUCACCCAUUUGCGAGGAACUUGAAAAGCCCGAAGAAUUUCUUGAGCCCGAACGCAAGCGACGUAAGUUCCCAGCGCUCCAGGCGGCCGGAGCUGUAGGUCAGGACGGCUUGCCCUUACCGGGAAAACCCGUGCAGAAGCUUGAGCAUCGAUUAGGUGGCAUAUUAUGCUGUGUCGUUUGCUUCGAUUUGCCGCGCGCUGCUGUUUAUCAGUGUACUAAUGGUCAUUUAAUGUGCGCUGGUUGCUUCACCCAUGUCCUUGCUGAUGCUAGACUUCGAGAUGAGCUUGCAACAUGUCCCAACUGCAGAAUUGAGAUUAGCAAGACUUCUGCAUCUCGAAAUCUUGCUGUUGAAAAAGCAGUUUCAGAAUUACCAGCUGAAUGUCAGUAUUGUGCAAAAGAAUUUCCAAGAAAUUCAUUAGAACGCCAUGAAGAAACAAUGUGUGAAGAAAGGAUAUCAAGCUGUAAAUAUAACAGAAUUGGAUGUCCUUGGCGAGGUCCUAAUCAUGAACGUCCAGAGCAUGAAGCACAUUGUGUACAUCCUCAUCGUACAGGAGCUGAUGUAAUGGAGGCAUUACGCGAUAUCGACGCGAAAAAUUUAGAAGAACGUAAAUUUUUUGACAAUGUUUUUGAUCUUCUUUCAUAUGAAAAAAUUACUUUCAAUGAUUUACAAAUGAAACCAUAUCGUACAGAUGAAUUUGUUCAUAAAUUAUUUUAUGAAACUUCACGAUUUACUGCAUUUAAUAAUCAGUGGGUAGUGACUGCACGAAUAAAUAAUAGUCAACGAGAUCCAACACAGAGUUCUGAACGUGAUAUGACUUAUCAAUUGAUUCUAAAAACAAAGACCACUUGCCCUUUAUCACUUCAUUAUCUUAUUCUAAAAGGACCUUUCAGUGAUAUGAAGGUGCAAUCCAGAAUUCACAGAUUUGAUUUUACAGAGCAAGAUAACGAAAGCCCAUAUUUACCUUUACCAUUACCAGAUACUGCUGAAUGUAACAGACUUCUUGCUGCAAAAGCUAUAAGUUUUCGGCUUAUUAUGUUUCUGGCAUCUAAGUAGCAUGUUUUGAAUGUAUGAUUCAAUUGAAAAAACCAAUCAUAAAAGAAUCUUUGAUACAUUCAAUUCUUUGGACUUAAUAAAGUUAAUGCUGGCAUAUAUUAAUGAACUAGAAAUUAUGCUAUACUUAAAUAUAUUACGACAUGACAAUGAUAAUUAAAAAUACUUUUUUAUCAUAAGUAUAGAAAAAAUUAUGUAAAUUUUGAUUGUUAUUAGACCAUAAGCUUUUAACUAAAAAACGGUACGUAAUAUCAAAGAACAGAUUAUCAAAAAUAAUUA